AAGUGAUAUUCUGCUACUUUCGGUGAUUGAUUGCUCAAUCAUCAACAGCCAUGCAGGAACAUUCGGGCCGUAGGGAGAUCUCGGAGGAGCCACCGAUGAGCCGACUGUUCGUGAUAUGCGGCCGCCAGAUCAGCAAGGAACAGCUUAUGAAGCACUUUGCCGACGAUGGCGAAAUCGAAGAGUGCAUAGUGAUUGUGGACAAAAAGACCGGCCAGGGCAAGGGGGUUGCAUAUGUUAAGUUCAACAAAACGUCCUCGGCGGCUCGCGGGCUGCGGAAGAAUGGGUCCUACAUUGAGAACGAGACACGCCCGAUCAAGGUGAUGAUUUCGGCCAGCUACCAAAAGAAGAAAGAAGAUGGUACACCGGAGGAAGUGAACGAGUACAAGUUCCGGCGACUUUUCGCGGUUAUUCCUGUCUCGAAGGAUGAGGAAGCCAUCAAAGCCGAAUUCAGUCGGUUUGGCACGGUUACUCAGGUACGUCUGGUACCUGAUAAAAAGAACCAAAGUCAAUGCGCGGCAUACAUCACAUUCACAUCAUUCCUGGAGACGGCUCUGGCCAUCGAAGGAUGUGAUCCGAAUUACAGAGCCAAGUUCUGUCUACCUCGGGAGGCUUUGAAUAAGGAGAAGGAAUCCAGUAGCGGAGGGAAACACGAUUCAUCCAAUGGUUCCAGCCGUAAGAGGACACAUUCCCCGGAGUCGGGCCGGCCUGGCGGUGACGUCAAACUGGUGGUUAUCUGUAGCAAUAGUCUGAACCAGGACCGCUUGUGGAGGAUUUUUGACAUUGCUCCUGGAAUGAAGUACUGCAACAUUGUUACGCAAAACGACAUCAACAUCACCGCUUCGGUUGUGUAUUCCAGUAAGGACGAAGCUCAGCGUGCGGUAGACAAAAUCCAUGGACUGGAGUACCCCAUUGGAGAACGCAUAAUCGUUCGCUAUGAGAAUGAAUUCCGCGACGAAAUCACCCCCAACGAUGUGCUGUCCCAGUUAGGUCCACCAAAACCUAUCCUCAAUCCCCAGACGACACAAUGUGCCAAGAAGGCGUUCUUUAUCUGCAUGCCCGAAGCCGUAUCGGUGAAACUGCUGCAGGAUGCAUUCUGUAGAUUCGGUGAUCUCAUCAAUGUGUAUUUGAUUCCGGGAAAGCGACACGGCUACGCAGCAUUUGCUAGCGAAGUGGCCGCCGAUCGUGCCAUCCAACAGUUACAUGGAAUCCAGUUGGGCGACUGUCGGCUGAAGGUUUUGGAAUGCAUGGAGCAGAACGAUAACAAGAAGCGGAAGCAGACGGAGCACUAGGCCUGUUCCGAGGAUGUCAGGGUAAGAUUCGCUCUGUGAGCGACUUGAUUGUUUUUUUUUUCGUAGGUGUCUUUUACUCUCGUUUCAGCAUGGAUCUCGAUCGAUGAGGAUUUUUCUCGAAUUAUACAUUUUCUCUUUCAGCACUAAUCCACUUUCUCCAAUUUUAAUAACAGGCAAUCCACGAUUUUCGAUUUUUUGUCAUUUCCAGAAUUUAAACAUGAAAACGAUUGAAAGGAACAUACAGCGGAAGAGAAUAUUGAAUUAUACUUUUUUGAACGAAUUCAUAUAUGGAAAUAAAUCAGGAUACUCUAACUUGGGAAAUUGUAAUCAUCGUUCCUGGUAAAAACCAUUUAAACAUGCACCUAUUAUUCAAAUAACUAACUGAACUUUAAACACUGCAAAUGUGAUCAAAUCUACUUUGAAUAGAAAGAGGAACUUGCAAUUAGAAUUCCAAACAGCAAAAUCUAGAAAUCGAGGAAAUUUGGUGGAAAGUUUGAAACUAAUGCUGGAAGCUUCGUUCAUUCAUACAAUAAAUGAACUGCAUACGUCCUGCAUCCAGUUCAGUACUUUCAACUUGCUCAGUGAAAAAAAAACAAA